AUGUCUCCAAGAGAGAAAGAAGAACAAACACAAGUAUGCCAAAAGCCGACUAGGUAUGACGUUAUAUGGAGUUGAUGAGCAAAUAAUUAUGUGGCUGUUUUAUAUAACUCUGCAUUAACGAAUAAGUAUGGGGACUCGACUAAGAAAUCGAAUGCCUUAAUGCGUAUAAUCACGUAAUCAUACUGAAAAAAGAUUCUCUGAAAAAAUAGUUCCCGUUUUCCCGGACACGCGCUAUCAUUAAUACCACAAAAAUUCGGAUAAUAUUAUAAUGUAUACGUAAUAUCCAUAUUUCUAUUUACUAAUAAAUUCAAGGGGUUCGUCUGCUUACAAUUAGAUUGUCAAAGUUGGAUGCUGGAAAGGCUAUACGUGAUGUGGCAGUGGCUGAAACAAUGCUCACCCCAACAAGCUGUAGACAAAAGAAGCUAAGUGAACCUGAAUUUGUACCGGAUUGGACUCCAAAUAAGUCAUAUACGGAACAACUUCCCGGCAAUUUGAACGCACAGACUCUGAACAACUGUCCUCUUGAUUGGUACAACGACACCAUGAAAAAAUUGUCCAGAGAAGUUCGAGAAUCAUUCACCCCUUUGACAUCUCAGCUUAGUACAUCUUGGAAUACAACAUCCGAUGAAACGAAGCAAUCGUGUGUUGAAAAUGCGCUCGAGGGUUGUCGUAUUGUUUGUAACAUGGUUGCUCCUAUGGAUGGAGACAAGUUAUUUCAAUGUAUCAAACAAUCGAAUGAAAGUGUGAGCGGUGAAUUGAUAGCCUUGAUGACGGCCUACAAACGCGCACCAACUAGAAACACGAAGAUACAAAUUUUAAGCAUUUACGCGCAUAGAUACCCAAGAAAGGAACUUAUGCGAAUUCACGAACCCUAUGAAAAGCUAACGAAAUGGAAAAUAGAUAGGGCACGAUUACAUGCGACAAAGAGUGGUCCUGGAACUGCGCCAGAAAAGCACGAUCAGCAUCGAACAAGGCUAUCAAUGGAUAAAGUGGAUCACUUUCUAGGCUUCGUGAACCGACCCUAUUUUUACCAGGACGUCGCGUUCGGAACCAGAAAGCUAAAACUUUCAAACGGUGAUACAGUCUCCAUGCCAAAUGUUAUUCGGACAGUUACCCGUUCAACGAUGAUUUCCCAGUACAUGCAAUACUGCGAGGAAGAUCAUUACCAACCUGUUAGUAGAUCCACACUUUUCAGAAUACUAGAAGUUAGAGAAGCAUCGCAAAGAAAAUCUCUUCAAGGUUUGGACAACACGGCAGCUGAUGGCAGUGCAGGUUUUCAGACGUUAAAGCGAAUCGUUGACGAGAUGGAACACGUGGGAGUUGGAAAAGAAUGGGCAAUUGACAUCAAGAAAAAGUUGGACGAGGGCAAAAAUUAUUUGAAGACGGAUUACGUAGUACAUUGCAAAGAAUAG